CGUCACUUCAUCUCCUUCUCGCUCUCUCUCUUUCUCUCCCGCAGAAACCCCCACCGACCUCUCCAUUCGCUUCUUCUUCGCCCAAUCACUCACGAUGGAGAACUCGAACGAGCUCAGCACCGGAGAUAAGUCCGCCGAUCAGAACCCUAACCCCAACGCUGCUGUUGUCGCUGGCAAUGGCGAUGGGGAUCCUGCCCAAGCCGUAUCGCGGCCAACCAGCACGCCGUUCACCAACCUCAGCCAAGUGGAUGCCGAUCUUGCCCUUGCGCUCACUCUCCAAGAACAGCGAAGAAGAAGAGAGAAAUCGAGACGAAUUGAUACAAGGGAGGAAGGAAUUGAGCCAAGGAGAGGAUCAACAUCGAUAUCGGUUUCCAAGGAGGAGGAAUCUCAAGUCUUCUUCUCGCGGGGUUGGAGUUCAUGGUGUUGCUCUGGAUCUCGGUGCUUUGAUUUCUUCAAGCUUCGAUCAGAAUCCAGCCGGGCGUCGGCCGGCAGCGAUGGCUUUUGGUUCUGGGCGAGAAGGAGGGUAGGUUUUCAAUUUAUGUACAUUCGAGGCCUGGGUUUCUACUCAAUAAAGACACAACAAGGUCUGCUUACUUUUAUGGCCGUUAGGGUCAACAACGAUAUACAGGUGGACUGGGGUGAAUCAAGCAUGAUUGAAGCAAAGCGUAUUUUGCUUAGAAAUGCACUCAAGGAUCCAUUUAAUGUGAGAUUUGCUUUUGUAUCUGAUAGUUGCAUACCACUAUAUAAUUUUCAGUUAUAUAUAUGA